GACUAAUAGGGCAUAUCGACUUGAAACAAGUGGCUGAAAGAUGAACAACUUUAGCCCACUUGCAAAGAUUUUGGAUGAGAAUCGUUUCAAAGGUCCAAAUUAUAGUGAUUGGAAAAGGAAUCUGAAUAUUGUACUCACUGCUGAAAAGUUGGUUCAUGUUUUGAAUGAAGAACCACCAAUUAUGCUUGAACUAGGUGCGGAUAAAGAUGCUCAAGAAGAUUACCAAUUAUGGUUUGACCAUGAUUCCUUAGCUAAAUGUUAUUUAUUAGCAUCUCUUGAGAAUAGGCUUCAAAAGCAACAUGAGAAAAUGGCUACUGCUAAGGAUAUAAUGGCAAGCUUGAAAGAGAUGUUUGGACAACAAAAUUGUUCUACAAGACAAUCUACUAUGAAAGGGCUUAUGUCCACCAAGAUGACUGAAUGAACUCCAGUACAUGACCAUGUCAUGACGAUGAUAGGUUUUAUUAAUGAACUGGAAUCUCUUGGGUCUGAGAUGGACAAUGAGGCAAAGAUAGAUGCGAUCUUAUCUUCACUACCAGAUUCAUUUAAUCAAUUCGUUUUGAAUUU